UCAUGCAUCAGUAAUCAUUAUUAUCAAUUGAGCACUGCAAAAACAUAUACUUUUUAUUACAUCAGUUUUACAAGUUUUGAGAUAAUACGUCCUCGAUAUCGGAACUUCCUAUUCAUUAUUUGUCUAUUUACUUUGCCAUACUAAGUGUAUUACAUUGAUUCAUGAAGUAUUUUUAACUGCUUUUGUUUUUAUUGUAAUCGGUUACAAUAAGAGAGCAAUGGCGUCUAACCAGGGUCCUGGACCCUCAGCGCCUGAGGAUCUACCACCGCCAUAUUCUGCUGUCGUGGGAAAUCCACAAUAUGGUUUUGUGGCUCCGUCUGGCGAACCAUUUCAAGCUCCGGGAGACGUAUACUUACAUCAGCAACCCAAGCAAUUUACGGCUACGGGAGUGUAUCCGCAUCCAGUUAAUAUAGUCACCAACACCCAGCCUCAUCCAGGGAGUGUACCGCCACCACCCCCGGGCGUACCUGUAAGCAUAGUAGUGCCUCCAGCCGUGGGUACUGAACCGGCUACCAUAAAUUGUUUCAAUUGUGGUAAAGUGGUUACAACUAGAGUUACGUAUACAACAGCCUGGCACACACAUUUAGUGGCUGGUUCCAUCUGCGUAAUUACUAUGAUGUGUUCUUUAUGCUGCUUGGGUCUAGUCCCCUAUUGCUUUGACACAUUUAAAGAUGCUGAGCACUACUGCCCCAAUUGCAACACUUUUAUUGGAAAGAGCAACAAAUGUUAAACAUCAAAAUAUGAAGUAAAUCAUCCAUAACAAUGUGACAAAUAAGGCUUAAACAGAUAUGUAUAAGUAUGUUAUUUAAUGCCAUUAUAUAUUUUGAUUCUAUUUAUUUUUUAGCCUUAGGGAAACAUUCCAUGAAUCUAACUAGAAUGUGUUCCCAAGAAGUGUCUUAAAAAAUCCUUUUUAAAACUUAUUCACACAGUCUUGUUUGAGGAGCCAGAUACCAAUCUUAAAGUGGCAUCCCAAAAAGUUCACAUUCUAUUAAAA